CUUCCUCUCACGCAAGUGCGCCGAAACAUUUAAAGGGAAUGGCCAAACAACCCAGCACAGCGAGGGCGCCGACGCUGAUUAGGAUGAUACACAAAAUUGGGCAUCCAGUGCCGCCGUAGGGAUCGCGCCUUGAGAGGAGGCUUGGCAGUGUGCAAAGCCAUAAACCAGGCUAUAAUGCCUAGCAGGACGACUGACCCGACGAUGAUUCCUAUGAUACCACCGGUUCCCAGGGAGGUGCCGCUAGAGCCAUCACUGCGUGCUGAGAGCACGUUUGUUGAAUCCGAAGUUGUUGUGUUAAGGGAGGAGCUUGGUGGCAAGCUCUCUUUAGGCGGAGGGAGAGACAGCGCAAGAUGCGAGAGUCCCAGGAUGAGGAGAACGAGGGAAAGAAUGAGCUGGGAGCGCAUUUUAGAUUCGAUCUCAGUAGAGCAGAAACAUGAAAGGGCGCGACACCAUGUCAUCGUGGGCUCUGCUCUCAUGCGGCACACCCACCAACGUAAUAUCUUUCAGACCCUCCUUUUCAGCGAGGCAUCCCAAGACCUUCAAUAUACGGGCCGUGGUAGACAGCGCGUUCGACCAUUCAUGGUUGUGAAAGUCGAGAAUAACGCGGGGGACAUGGCACAGAAACUUCGCAUUCGGAAAAGGAACGAAUAUGUGUCCAGUUUUUGGAUCAGGAAUAAAGGCAAGUCCGUUCUCUUUCCAGAAGACGGGCUUCCCCUCGUUGAAAAUCUAUUGGCAGGUCCGCAGGAGCGCGGUCAUAGGCUGCGCCAUAGAUGCAGAUCGAUUUGCAUUAGCUGCCAUAGCAAGCUCGGUUUCUCCCCACGGUAUUUAGGCUUGACACACUCUUCAAAGCGUGGAGUGAAAGUUCCUCCUCGCUUUGCCGGAAUAUAUAUUGGACAUAACGUGAUUCCGAGUGAAGACGUAUUCGUAGAUCAUAACGCGCAGUUCGAGCGGGAGGUACGAAGAGUUAUUUUUGUUUGCCUCCUUUGAUGAUUCUUGUAGUUGCAAGUACGCGGUGUUGAGGUCGCAGCGAUCUCAGUUCUUGGUACUUUUGCCUUGCUGCAAGGCUCGCCAUUUUGUUUGAGGCUGCUGCGAUAUUCGAGCACGAAGGUUGCGGUGUCAGGUGGAGACCU